AUGGAAUACAUGAAGGUAAAUCACAUGUCACAACAGUGCCGAAAUUAUCAUCUCAUACUCAACUUGUAUUUAUUCAUCAAUACUCAACUUGGUAAAUCGGUUGCGAUUUUAACAACUGAUAAUGGUCCAGACUGGUCAGGGAAAAGUCCAUGUAAUCUUUAUAAUUCUGGACAACUAUGGAAAAAAUUAAAUUUAGAUGCCUUAAUAUUAAAUAGUUAUACACCUGGUAAUAGUCGUUAUAAUCCAGUUGAAAGAUCAAUGUCACCAUUAUCAAAUUGGCUUGUAGGACUUACAUUGAAAAGAGAAUAUAAUUCAAAUGCCAGCAAACCACAUAAUCUGGAUGAUGCACUUAUCUGCUUAAAUUCUUAUUGGGACAAAAGAAAAUAUGCUGGUUUUCAAUUAGAUUGUUAUCCAAUACUUUCAUAUAAUGCAACAGGUGAUAAUCAUACAACGACCAGAUUAUUAUUAAUGAAAACUAAACCAGAUAAACAGUCUAACCUUUACCAUGAUUAUAUAUUUCUAUUAAAACAUUGUAUUAAAUCGCAUUAUUCCUAUAUUUUUAUUAAAUGUUAUGAUAAAAAAUGUUCACAUUGUUCUAUUAAUCCGAUUCGUACUAAUUUGACUAUGGAAUUACUUUCACUACGUAACAAUGGAAUGCCGGUGCCCUCACCUAGUAUUAUUCAUCCUGAUCAUUUUAAUACAUUUUUACAAACUAUUCAUGCAUGUAUGCUUGAAAAAAAAAUCCAAAGCCUGAUACCUUUGUUCAUGGUGAGCAGUUUGGCUCAUGUAUUCAAUGUAAUAAUACUUACGUUUAUGCAUCGGCAGCCGAUACAACAAGACAUAAAAUAUGGUGUCAUUAAAACAAAUAGUAAAUAA